AUGGGUCUUUCGUUCUCAUCACUUUUUACGUCUCUCUCGUCGCUGGUGCGCUGGAGCAAAGACCAGGAUGUCCGGAUAUUGAUGCUUGGUUUGGACGCCGCGGGGAAGACGACGAUUCUCUACCGUCUACAGAUUGGUGAAGUCGUACCAACAAUCCCGACCAUCGGCUUCAAUGUAGAGACUGUGCAGUAUAAGAACAUCAAGUUCCAAGUGUGGGAUCUCGGCGGCCAGUCCAGCAUCCGACCAUACUGGCGUUGCUACUUCCCUAACACCUCUGCGAUAAUCUACGUCAUUGACGCAUCCGACGUCGACCGGCUAGAUACGUCUCGGUCAGAAUUGCUCACCAUGCUUUCCGAGGAAGAGCUUGCUGGCGUCCCGCUGCUCGUCUUCUGCAACAAGCAAGAUGUUGCAGGAGCUCUACCUCCAGAGACCAUCAGCGAAAAGCUCGGGCUCGCCGGUGGUGAGAAGGAGAGGCAAUGGAGUGUACGGGGAAGUUGCGCGACCAAGGGCGAAGGUCUUGAGGAGGGGCUAGACUGGCUUGUGAACGCAAUACAGAAGAAAUAG